AUGGAUAAAGAGGACUGGGUGCACCUCCCAGAGGAAGCUGAGAGGCAGGAGUAUGUGAUGGCUGAGGAGGGCAUCAUCUAUAGAGGAUCUGCUGACCGCAUCGGCCCCCUUGCCUGGAACUUUGGACAGUUUGAGGAGGAUAUGGUGGACAUCUGCAUGAAGCUGCUGGACAUGAACCCCAAGUGUCUGAGGGACCCUGCUGAGGAUUUCUCUGCCCGCUGCAACCCCAUCUAUGUAGGGAGGGUGGUUCAGUGCUAUGGACCGUGGUAUCCUGGCGGCCGCUGGCAAACACCGUACUCCGGCGGUGUGGCCCCCACCAAGUGGAGCAGCAGCGUGGACAUCCUGCGGCGCUGGUACAAGAGUUAUUACUCCCCCGUGAAGUACGGCCAGUGCUGGGUGUUCGCUGGGGUCAUGUGCACAGUUUUGAGGUGUCUGGGAAUCCCAUGCCGUGUAGUCAGCAAUUUCCAGUCUGCCCACGACACUGAUAAAAGCCUGACCAUCGAUGAGUACUACACAGACCAAGGGGUUCGGCCUAAGGAGAGCCAUGACAGUGUGUGGAACUUCCACGUGUGGGUAGAGGGAUGGAUGAAGCGGCCAGACCUCUCUGGGGAUUCUACAUACGAUGGCUGGCAGGUGCUGGACCCCACCCCACAGGAGCAGAGUUCAGGAGUGUUCUGCUGUGGUCCGUGCCCUGUGAAGGCUGUUCUGGAGGGACACACCGACCUGAAGUACGACAUUCCGUUUGUCUUCGCUGAAGUCAACGCCGAUCAAGUCAUCUGGAUGCUCAUGAGAGACGGCUCAAAGCACAGACUCCACACUGACAGCUCUCAGAUUGGCCAGAAAAUCAGCACUAAAGCUGUAGGCGCAUACAGACGGGAGGACAUCACAGCCAGCUACAAAUACCCAGAGGUUUCUAAGAAGGAGCGUCUGGUGUUUGAGGAAGCCGUGAGGAGAGGAAACGAACACAAGCCCCGCCCUGAGCUGCCACUGAAUCCUCCCGCGCUGAAGCUGGAGAUCACAGACGAGAAGGAGUCAAUUACGGGACAGGAUCUGGAGCUGAGUCUGCUCCUCCAUAGUGAGCACUUACAGGAGCUCAGUGUGCAAAUCAACGCUCAGGCCAUGAGGUACACAGGCGUGCCCGACAGCCUGGUGUACAGGGAGGAGAAGGAUGUCCUGCUGCAGCCCAAGCAGGACCUCAAGAUUUCCAUCCGGAUCCCAUUCUCUUUAUAUGGGACCAAAAUGCUGGACAACAGCAGUCUGAAGGUCUCGGCACUGGUGCACGACAAGCAGCACCCAGGAGAUGGCUACCUAGCUGUGAAGAACAUCAUUCCGCAGGAGCCUACAAUCACCAUCCAGGCGCCCAGCACAUGUGAGCAGUUUACAGAGAUGACGGCGGAGGUCAUCUUUGAAAACCCCAUAUCCAGCACAGUCAAAAAUGGCAUCCUUACGCUAACAGGCAGUGGGCUGUUGAGUCAUACCGUGGUGGCCAGAAUUCCGGUGCUUAAGGCUGAUCAGCGCGUGCGUCUUCAGAUCCCUUUCACGCCCUACCGAGCCGGUUCCAGGAAGCUGAUGGCAGAUUUUGACUGCGACACCUUCAGGGACAUGAAAGGCAGCUGUAAUGUGGAGGUCAAACCCAACCUGGUGGUUUGCCCACCCUGCACAACCUUCAACGGGUUCAUUUCUGGAGCAUAAAUGGGCAAUGGGGGGCUGAUAGAACCACAUAUUGCCCUUUUCCUGUUGAUA